CACAGAAAGGAUGUAAUUCACCAGAUUAACCGCGUGGGGGCAGUGUUAUAUUGAGCAGAUCGGUGAGACUACAAGCGACGGAGCCGUCGACAGCAGACGCUAAAUCGACCGUCUUGAGCCUCGCAACCAUAGAGCCGAAUAACGCGGACAGUAUUUGGAGCAAUAACUGGAGACGUAGCAGGAGACGAGCACACGUGCAGACAGUGGGUAGUUUUUUUGAAAACAAAGGCCGGAUCGGCGCCGCAUCCCUCCCGGGUAUUGUCGGAUUAGGCCCGCCCAUACUCCAGAGCAUCUCUAGGAAACCCGGCUACAGGAGACAAUGGACCGCUCCUCAUCGCACCGGAGGUAGACGGCUGUAAAACUUAAUUACUCUCUCUGAGCAGCUGAAACCUGGAUAGCGAGAAGGGUUUACAUUGCUGUUCCCGAGCAGCUGGAUCUGCCAUAAGCAUGACCUUCUCUGCGUUUGCUGUAUUUCCACUUGUAACUGGGACAUCUGUAAAACUUUAACAUCAUUAAGUUACACCCUCUAUUAUGGACUUCCCAGGCCAUUUCCAGCACAUCUUCAAGCAGCUCAACCACCAGCGCCUCCAUGCUCAGCUGUGCGACUGUGUGGUGGUGGUUGGAGGCCAGAGCUUCCAGGCUCACCGCUCCAUCCUGGCAGCGUGCAGCUCUCACUUCAAAGCUCUCCUAAACUCCAAUGAUAGUGCCGAUGAGGACGCGAGGCCGAGAGCUGAUCGAGCUAGAGGAGGAGCCCCCAGUGUGAUGGAGCUCGAUCCGGAGGUGGUGACCCCUGAGGCCUUCUCCACCCUGCUAGACAUGAUUUACACAUCCACCCUGUCCCUGAGGGCCUCCAAUGUGAUGGAUGUGCUGCUGGCAGCCUCGCACCUGCACCUCAACACGGUGGUGAAGGCCUGCAAACUCCAUAUAUCAAGGAAAAACUUCCCAGCGACACCACCGAAAGGAUGGAGGUCAGUGCAACGGCAGCAGCACAGUCCUGCCUUACAGGUGGAGACGUCCGCUUCACUUCAGAAUGUCACAUCUGCCGUGGAGGAGGACUUUAAUAAGGGUUUCGCCACUGAGGUAACUCAGUCAGGUGGGGGUGAAUGUCAGGGGACAAGGAGGACACUCAGUGGUCAGGAGGCUGGAGCACCGUCACCCAAUCUUAAAAGGAAGUCACAAGAGGAAAGGCUCAUUGACAGAAAGAGGUCCUGUGGGCCGCCUGGGGAAAACUAUAAGGAGUGUUCACCGACAAUAACCAUGAGCAGCAGCAUCACAGAGGAGGCAGGAGAGGAGCUGCUGUCCCCAGACUGCUUCAGGGUGAGGGACGGACUCUGGGAGGGCCAGGGCAACGAGGAGGAGGAGGUCGAGCAGAAGUACGAAGCCGCCAAGGGAGAGUCGGAGGAGAUCCAGCUGCCGAGUCAGUCAGACAGCAGAGCAGGAGGUGUGGAUGAGAAGGAUGGAGACGUAGGUGGAGAAACUGUGGUGAAAGUCAAGGUGGGAGAAGAAGGGGAAGAAGAGGGGGAGCAGCCACAAAUGGCACUGAUUGAGGUGAAAAAGGAAAACCUGAGCUCGUUCUCCCCAGAUUUAGACACGGCGUCGGAUGAGUUCCCCCCGUCUCCACUGCAGAGCUGCACCGACAACUUGAAUGAUCAGAUCAAUGAGAAGAAACUGCCUGCAGACAGUCCAACAGAGGCAGGCGUGAGCUCCCUCCAGGCUCAGCUAUGCACAGCGCUUCACACCGAGACACUGAGAGACUCAGGGGAUUUAGGCGAGCACUCGGUGGACGGCGACGGCCUGGACGGCCUAUCAGAGCUGGCCUUUUCCUGCUUCCUUAAUCCCGGUAGUGACGCUCUCGAAGAAGAAGACAGCCUAGCGACGCUCACCGCCGCCGCCGCCAGCGCCACUACCACCGCCAGCGACGCACAGGAACCAGAAGAGGCCAACACUUCUGCUCAGUCCUCUGAUUCCUCCUCUGUUGUAUUCCCUGUAACGUCUGUCCCCAUGCAGCAGCUCCUCCCGACCCAGAGCCCCGGCUUUGGUGACACGCUCAUCCUCCAGCCCGCCCAGAACCCGCUGACAGGGUUCCUCAGCGGCAUCAAGCCUGGGCUCACCCUGGAGGCGCCCGCCGUCCAGUCCUCCAGGCCCGGGAAAAGCCCCGCCACAACCACCUUCCGGCGCAUCGCCCCCAAGGUGCCGUGCGGGUCAGAGGCCAACGCGGAUCCUUCCGGCGCCGGCGCCGCGGAUCGGCCCGCGCUCACCAGAGCGUCGGAGGACGUUCUGUCCAAGUGCAAGAAAGCAGCUGCCGAGGAUCACGUCCUGUUGGUGGAAGGGGAGAAGAAGUACGCCUGCAAGAUCUGCUGCAAGACAUUCAUGAACCUGACGGACUGCAAGAAGCACAUCCGCGUCCACACGGGCGAGAAGCCGUAUCCGUGUCCGAGGUGCGGCAAGCGCUUCAGCCAGUCGUCCCACCUGUACAAGCACUCCAAGAACACGUGCCUGAACUGGAGAGACAACCAGCUGCUCCCGGACGCUCUGCUCUGAACACAACGCUCUGAAAAUAAGCUCAAUGUUAAAAAAAAAAAAAAAAGUUUUAUUCGAUGAAAUAAAAUGAAUUUAAUUAUU